AUGGAGGCACCAGCUGCUGUAGAGGACAUUCCUGCAGACACAGGUGCAGAGGCUGCUGAGGAUGAGCAUGAGGGAUUUCCGGGUGGUCCGAGCGACCCAUCCGUGUUGACCCUAUAUGCGGAUCACGUUGCUUACAGCGUAUGGACGGGAGAGGAGCAUCCUGAAUUGAAGCUAUCCUCUCAUGGGAGGAAGGUCCACAGUUUAGGCAGGCUUGUCCCUGCCAUUAAGGGACUUGUUGCUGGUACAGGACUAAGUCCUCUGAUCGCAUGUUCGAUAGACACCGGCGAUCAGGGACUUUUGUCCACGUUUGGGGAGCGGUGGCACCGGGAGACGUCUAGUUUCCAUCUCCCGGUGGGAGAGCUCACCAUCACGUUGGACGACGUCUCCUCGCUUCUCCAUCUUCUCGUGAUUGGUGACUUACACGCUUUUGAGCCCUUGCACGUGGAUGAUGCAGUUCAGAUGCUGGUGGACUUGUUGAUGGUCUCUCCAGAGUCUGCUAGGGUUGAGACAGCCCAGUGUCGCGGACCGUACGUACGCCUGCAAUGGGUAUGUGAUAUAUAUGAGCGCCGAUGCCAGGCAGGUCAUUGGACAGCUGCAGCUCGCGCAUAUCUUCGUCACCUUCUGGGUUGCACUCUGUUUGCUAACAAGAGUGCAACCAUUGUCCAUGUUGUCUACUUGGAGGCCCUUCGUGACCUCAGUAUGACAGAGAGGUACACUUGGGGAGUGGCUGCUUUGUACUGGAUUUACGAGCACUUUUCGUCGGUCGCGAACUCCACUAUUGAUCAGGAGUACGUCGAGGAUUCUCUGCGUGCGUGUAGGUGGAUUGCGACCAAGAAGACCGUGAAGAGCAUUCGUACGCCGGCGUACUGGGAGCGCCUGGACCGACUCCGGAUUCUAGAUGUCUGUUGGAUCCCUUAUGGGGAGCACCGGGAGGUCCGGGACUUCCACGUCAGAUCGAGCUAUUCCGGUCUCUUGCGCUGGGGGCCUGUUGCUGUUUAUUACCGAUCGGAGAGGGUCGUGCGGUGGAUGCACUACGAGGAUCAUAUCGUACCAGCAGGUGAGUCAUUAUUUGGGGACGCCACAGGCCACACAUUAGAUCCUUUACCUCAUGGUCACGCCCCGCAGCCCCGAGUCGUCCCUCAAGCCCCGCAGACGGAUAUCCCUCACGUUCUGGAGCCAGGAGCAUCGUCCACAUCUACGGAGGAGCCUAGACAUGCAGUGGAAGUUUGUGAUGACAUUGUUGAGAGGUUAGAGCGCCAUCUAAGUCUAUGGGUGGUCACGCUUGGCUCAUCGAUACAUGAGGUGAUCGAAGAAUGCCUCAGAUUGACCAGGAGUGUGACACAGGACCAUCUAGUAUACAUUAGGUGUAGACGCAGGCGGUGCACUAAUCAGGCGUAG